UUCGCCUGUGAAGUUGCAUAGACGCAUAGAUCAAUGCUAAGUUAUGGACCAAACUUUAUAACUUCACAGGCUAAUGAAUGAUUUAAGCACUAAAAUAGCCUACCAUCAGCACUUCACAACAGCUGUUGUUAUAUCGAACUUCAACAAGAGGACAUACACAUUUUCGGGAGACUUAAAGAGGAUGUGUAAAUAUAUGCGGCUGCAGCGGGCAAAAGAGAAGUGAGCGACUGGAAACCUGGCCUGUGCGGGAUAACGUUUUGGCGGUGGUUAAUUUUAAGGAAGCUCUGUUGAUUUCUGUGUCUGAGAGAAUGAACGAAGAACGCGGAGAUGUUCGUGCUCAGAAGGGGCGCACACGCUCGUCCUCUGUGGCUGUAGACAAAGCCGAGUCGUGUGCGGCUUGUAGAACAAAGCUGAGUUUCAGCACAGAGCCGAAACUUCUCCCCUGCCUGCACAUGAUGUGUAAAGGGUGCGUCAUAAACACCACAGAGGAGAAAAACUCCAAAGAAUGCCCGAUGUGUGGCCAGUCUUUCAACCUGUCUGAAGUUACAGAUUGCUUCAUUUUUAAGGACUCUGCCCCCAAGUGUGGAGGAUGUGAUGAAACUGCCCUUAGUGGUUGGUGUAAGGAGUGUGAGGAAGCCUUGUGUUCAGAUUGUGUAUCAGCCCACCAGCGAGUGAAGGUGACGCGCAACCACACAGUCAUACCACAGGAAACCCAAUCAGGCUUGAGAACAAGCUUGCGCUGUACUGCACACAAACAGGAGCGACUCAAGUUCUUUUGCGUCACUUGUGGUCAGCUCACCUGUAGAGACUGUCAGCUGAUUGACCACAGAAACCACAGUUUCUUGUUGCUGGAGGAAGCAGUGGUUGCUCAGAAAGACCACCUAAAGAAGCUGCUGGACAGCAUCAAGGAGCAGAGAAACAGUGUGAGGGCCAGUCUGCAGGACCUGGAUGUGAGAUUGAAUAGCAUAACGGGAGUAAAAGAAAUUUUGGAGAAGCAACUGCAUCAAACUCUACACUCCAUAUAUGAUUAUCUGAUGUUACGAUGUCGUCAACUGUGUAAGGAAUUGGAGGGUUUGUGUAAUGAGGAGGAGAAGAGCUUGAAGGUGAUGAAGACCAGUCUGAAAAAGCUGGAGGACAGGCAGGAGUAUAUUACUGCCUUCCUCCAUAAAGUGCUGAACACGGAGGGUCAGUGUGUCCUGCGACACAAGAUGCAAAUUGAGAAAUUGACACAGAAGCUUCUGUCACAGAAGAAAUUUGUCCCUGAUACUGUGAUUCAGCUUUCACUCUCAUUCAAUAAAGACAUCUACAACUCUAUUAAACAUUUGGCCACUUUUAAGGUCACCCGAAUUCCUGCUGCCAAAGGAAAAGCCAACAACGGCAAUAAACCUACACGUAAACCACAAGAAGAAGACAAAUGCCCCUCAGGAUUAAAUUCAAAAUCUGGUGCAACCUUGUCAGAGUCUGGCACUGCAUCUGUUCAGGCUACGGCCUAUGUGAUGUCAAAUCCAGCCUCAAAUGUUCGUCAGAGUACACAGUCUUUGUCAGUCUCAGCAAAACCAGUGCAAAACACCCAAGGUGCAACAGACAUUAUAGGCAAAGCUAGUCCUUCCUCUAUCUCCCGUACUUGUGCUCCUCCCCAAACCACUCAGAGCAACAUUGCUCAACAUUUUGUUGCUCAGGCAGGCCAGCAUUUGCCUCAGUCCGCCUCACGUUUACCCUCACAGUCAAAGCAGGUGUUCAGAAGUCUGUCUACCCCUAUUCAGUCUACAUCCCUUCCUCGGUCCAGCCCUUCUUCUUCUAGCCAGGCAGUUUUAAACAUUAUUCCCUCAAAUCUUCCACAUGGUAUUGUAAUGCCUCCAGUUGUUUUACCACAGUCUCAGCCUGGUGUUGUCCUUGCGGCUACAGCACCUCCAGACCCUGCUUCCUCUUUUUCUGUGCCUCAUCCCUUUGUCUCCGUCCAAACAGCACCGUUACAGUCCUCUAAUUUAACUGACACACAGUCUCAUCCUCUCACCCAUAACCAGUCUGUUCCUUCUCUUCUCACCUUAGCACCUUUUUCUCAGUCUAGUCAGGCCAUGCCUAUCCCUCACCCAUGUACUAUGAAUUCGUCAUCUGUCCAUACACAGCAAAACAUUCCUCAAACUCAGGACGUUUCUGGUCCAUCUGUUUUUUCUCAGACUGCUCCCACCAGUAAAUCCCUACCUUACUCUCACACUGUCUCUAGCGCUCAGUCUGCCAAUCUGCAGGCUUCCCAGUUGGCUGCCACUCAGUCCAAUCAUUUACAGGUAACGCUGCUUAAUGUACCAAGCAAUAUUUCUUUUGUCAACUCUGGAGCACCUUGGAAAUUUCACCAUUAUACUCCUGUCUUGCACACAAAUAAGGGCACCACUGUCGCCUAUGUGUCAAAGCCAACAAAUGACAUCUGGAUGAGUGAUUGGAAAUCAUUACAGCCUACAUCAGGUGACAUGCUAUGCUCCCAGACUUCCGAGCACAUCAUUCCACCAGUCGUCAGUAAUAAAGAACUCGAUUCCCCAGCUUCCGGCAUACCUCCAGUGUCUGCUGCUCCAGUUCCCAGUGCUUACAGUAACAUAGGUCAAGUAGAGUGUGCCACUCAGACAAUCCAAAUGCCAAACUCUGAGCUCCCAGUGAAGGCUCCGGCUGAUUCUGUUUGUGAGGGAGACAUGAGUGUUUGCAGCAGGGCUUCACCAGUUGCUGAGGUUGCAGACAAUAACCUGCCUACUUCCACUGUGCCUGGAAAGGACACAAAAGCCAAAGGAAGUCCAGCAGUGUCUCAGCUAAAAGAGAGUCUUUCCACCACCUCAAUCAAGCACUGCCCUCCUAAUCAAAUUCGGUCUGAAUCGCCAGUGCCCCAGUCCCCCAAAGAAAGCCCCUCAACUACACACUGGCUUGUAGGUAUGCCAUCAUCUUUCAAAGAGCUCAUUUGUGGUAAAACAAAAGUACCUGCUCAGGAUGCUUGUUCCAAAUCUGUCAUGCAGACGUCUCUCCCUAUUCAAAAGGACAGUGACGAAAAGACUGAUGAUAGUGAUUCUGAAUUUGUGUUAAGGAUGGAUGAAUCAGAGGAGGAACCCAUAUUAAGCCUGGACAGCAAUAAGACUCCUGUUGUAUCGCUAGUCCGGUUGCCCAUCUCAGGAUCUUCUCGGUCUCGAUUUAGAAUAAUUCCCAGUAUGCAAAAGACUGAAAUUUUGCUUCAAGAGAUUGAAGAAAACCAGUCAGUCCAGAGAUGUCUCAGGAUCAGGAUGCAGGAUCACCCAGCCACUGCUUCUCCCAUACAGUCCUGUGGGUCUGAAGGUUCCCUGCAGGCUGAUGUUCUGGAGUGUGCUGUGUGUCACUCCAUUGGAGCCUCACUACAGUGUGCAAAAUGUGGUAGAAGCUUUCAUACUCACUGCCAUGUGCCCCCAAUCUUUUUUAGUCCCAUUGAAAUGUGGGUAUGCUCCCUGUGCCAGGAUGUGUUAGAUGAUACUGACCCAUUUAGUUGCAGCAGACUUAAGGAGCCAUACCUAAGUCUGUCAGACCAGAGGAAGUGUGAACAACUUUUACUCUUUCUCAUGUGCGAAAAAUAUAGCUACCUGCUCUACAAAUCUAUUAAGCAUAUUGCAAGAUGUGUGAAAUUUAACUUGAUUCUUGGACGACUUUUGGGGAGACGCAGCCCUCCAUAUCGCUCGGCAGCUGAAAUGGUGUCAGACCUGUGGGCUCUUUUUGACAACUUGUCAUCAAAAUCCAGGAAGAAAAAGUCACUUGUCAAGCUGCAAAACUCAUUCCAGCAGCAACUGACUGUAUUAUUUGGGAAAAGCCUUCAUGCUUCUCUGCUGAAGCCUCUGAGCCACGAAGACCAGACGGGGGCACCAGAGCCUGAUCUUGAUAGAGAAAAGGCUAGAAACACUCUUAAAAGGAUGAGGGAGUUUUUAGCUGUAAACUGUGCUCCAGUGGCAAAGAAAGCCCACACUGACAAUACAUGAAGAACCUGCAGCCUUUUGCAAGGGUAUGGUUUGUUUUUGUAAUUAAAUGUAGAUCUGUACACUUCAGUACUUAUUUUUUUCUCUCAUAUUUAUUAUAUCUUUAAUUAUUUUCUAUAAACAAAUACAAGAAUGUACUCCCCCCCCCCCCAUGUACUGGCUUUUUUUUGACAUGGGUAAUGAAUGUGUGGGUUCUACGUUUUGUUUACUUGCCGCAAAAAAAAUCUUUUUGAUAUGUGAAAACCUUUAAGGCAAAUCAUUAUGCACAUGUUGGAAACAUGGCAAGUAGAAUUUCUACAAUGUAUACUGGCAAUGAAAUAAAGUUUCAUUG